GAGAAACGUGGACCAUACUGGCUUGGGGGUUUCAACUGCACGGGAGAUGAGAAUUCAAUAUUAGAUUGUACUCACUUAAAUAGGACAAACCUUUCAAACUGUACCCAAUAUGAUAUAGCUGCUGUCCUGUGUUACAACAAUGAGUCAGGUAUAGAGUACAGACUUGGGGGUGGUGAUGUUCAUUAUGGGCGGGUUGAGGUUUCUGUUGGUGGUACAUGGGGUACAGUUUGCGAUCAAUAUUGGGACAAGCGGGAAGCUAAAGUCAUCUGUAAACAGUUAAAUUUUACGGACGGUGAGGCGAUAGGUGACGCACAUUUUGGUCGAGGGACAGGUCCAAUAUGGAUAAGUCAUUUGGAGUGUACAGGAAAUGAAGAUCAACUUCAUCAGUGUCCUCAUCGAGGGUUUGCUAAUGAAUUCUCAUUUGAUUGGUGGUUCCCCUUGCCUUGUGAAACACAUAACGAUGAUGCUGGGGUUUACUGCUAUAAAUCAGUGCGUCUUAACACUGGACCUAAUGUGUUUGCUGGGGGUCUAGAAAUUCACAGAGAUAAUACAUGGUAUGGUGUUUGUGACACAGAUUUCGAUGUGAAAGCUGCACGAGUGGCUUGUAGAAGUAUUAAAAAGGAAUUCAUAGAUGCUCAAAUUAUCCCAGGUUCAGCUUAUGGGAACCUGUCUGGAGUGAUUGGAUUUUCAAAUGUAAGAUGUUCCGGAGAUGAGGCAGAUUUAACGGACUGUCCGAUGAAUUUUACAUCAACAUGCAAGAGUGGUCAUUAUAUAUCUGUCUACUGCAGUAACAAGACUAUUAUAGACACAGGAUAUAAGGUGCGUCUUGCUCCGGACACUUUAGCUAGUGAUCUACAUGGUAUAAUUGAGGUACAGAUUAACGGGAUCUGGGGCAGGGUGUGUCUACAUAACUUUGAUGAUAGAGAUGCUGCUGUAGCUUGUAGACAGUUCGGAUAUGAUGGGGGCGUGGCUUAUUUACAUAUCAUGAAAAAUGACAAACCUGUCCUGCUGAGGGAUGUCCAGUGUUUGGGCAACGAGACCUCAUUUUGGUCAUGUCCUAGCAAGAAGAUGAGUCCUGACCUGAAAAACUGUAACUAUGCUUCUAAUGAUGCUGGUGUUAUUUGCUAUCGCAAGAAAAAUGACGUUGGAUUUAAUUAUCGGUUGGUUGGAGGUUCAAGUCCAUCUACUGGCCGUGUAGAGAUAGGGUAUGAGGGUAGAUGGGGCAUGGUUUGUGCAUGGUCUUGGCAGAGUGCUGAUGCUAGAGUGCUGUGUAAAGCUCUUGGUUACGUAGAUGGAAUAGUUGAAUACACUGUGAAUAAGUCACUGUCAUACAGCUUACCUUGGGUGACUGGAUUUUUCUGUCAGGGUAAUGAGGAAACACCAAUGACCUGUCUUAAUACAGGUUUUAACUCAACUUUCCUCACUGACCUGUGUAUGGGUGGUCGAGAUUCUGGGGCUUACAGUAACUGCUACAAGGAGAAAGUUGAGGCAACAAAUGUACGUCUUGUUAAUGGCCGUAAUAACUUCAGUGGGCGGGUAGAAAUUUAUGUAACAGGAGCGAAUUCCUGGGGGACUAUAUGUGAUGAUUAUUGGGAUGAAAAUGACGCUAUUGUCGUCUGCAGACAACUUGGUUAUUAUGGUGGUACUGCCGUCAGACAAGCAGCUUUUGGUGCAGGGACUGGUCCAAUAUGGUUUGACAAUGUGAAAUGCCGUGGUAAUGAGAGUACAUUAUAUGAAUGUGCACAUCGAGGAAUAGGAACACAUAACUGUAACCAUACAGAAGAUGUUGGUGUCAUUUGUCUUGAAUCUCCACCAACCACAACGGCUGUCACAACAAUAAGUACCAGAUCAACAACAGAAAAAAGGCCUACAACAACAACAGAAGCAACAACAACAAUUAAACAAACAACCACCACUACAACAACAAGAACAACAACAACUCCACAAACAGUGACACCAUCAAGGAGGCCACCAACAACAACUACACCACCGACCACAACAAAAUCUACCUCAACAGCAACAACAACCAAGAAAGCAACAUCAACAACAGAAAAGAAAACAACAUCAACACCCCAGUCUUCAACAACAACUGCAGCAACAACACCAUCUACAAGUAGCAGUUUAAACAUAACAGUAUCAUCUGCUCUGUCCUCCACAUCAAGAGCUAACCUCGGUGUUGUGAUAGCUGUUCCUUUGAUUGUUGUUUUAUUGAUUAUUGUUAUAGCGGCCCUCAUAGUGCUUAGAUAUAGACGUGGAAAAAUGCCGGGAUAUUCUAGACAAAGAUUUGAUGAUUCUGUAAUAAGUCGAGAAUUAGAUGGCACAGUGGUUGCCAGUAAUCAGUUAUAUGAUUUAAACCUGCAGCCAACAUCUUCUAAUGAUGUGACAUCAGCGGGAGAAAAUGAUAAUAUGAUGCUGGGAAAGAAUGGAAAAGCAUUCUAUAGUAAAGGUAUGUCUAACGGUGAUACAGCCCCAGGUGCUUUUACAAACCCUCUAUAUGAGGUCAGUAAAGAAUUGGACUCGACCGAGGGUCAGAAUGGAUUAGAGAGGACUCUGCCAUCAAAUGGGGAAUUAUCGUUCCCUGACAGUGAUGUUUUCAAUGAUCACACCAAUGCAUAAUUUCUUAAAAACAUUCCAAAAUGCUCAUGUUGAAAUGUGAACUUAUUGUAUGAGUGUUUAUAUGAAUGUUGUAAUAUGAUAUUUCCUGUUAACAGUGUUCAGAUUUUGUUAUUAAAAUUGUAUAUGAUAGUUGUAUAAGGCAAAAAAAAUGUUAAGUUUUGCUGUUUAAUUUUGUUUCAAGAAAUUCUAUUUCAUUGCUGAUUUAUCUGAACAUAUUAAAAUAAGGUAUACAAUUUUAUUCACGUCUUUAAAGUGUACUUAAACAGUUUUAUCACUUUUUUAAUGUGUACUUAUCCAAUUUUUCAAACCUUUUUAA